AUGCGCCUGACUUUGUUCAUCUCAACGAGACUGACACCCUUUGUAGCCUUUUCUGCGCGCAUGUCUUCUAGUCUUCCAGACGAUCUGGCCAUGUCGGCCACUUUUAUUCCAAGCACCGGGACCACAUUCGCUGUCGUUUACGGCUGCAGCGGCGAGCAGAUGGGAAGCAUCGAGGCGAAAAUACGGAGAGCAGGCAAACAAUUAUUCCACCCACUCUUACUGCCAGGGGUAUUUGCAGAGCUAGAGAGGGCCAGGUUGGUUGAGGCGGUAGAAGACCUCAUGGAUCCGUUUACCCUCCGAUCAGAGCAGCUUGAGAAACAGCCGUGGCGUCCAGAAGAGGAUACAGACGGCACGAAAGCACAACAGCAUCUUUCUCUCUGUGUUCAAAGCCAAAAUCUGAUGGAUCAAAUACGUAUGGUGAAACGACAGUUGACAAAGUUUUCAAAAGAGAUUAAUAUUGUUACGACAGAGCUCGAGUCUCUCGAUGAGGCUGAAUACAUCCACUGCAAUGAGCCCAGGGCAGCAGAGAUAGCGAAUGUGGGAAUAAAGAUGAAGAGGAGGGUGGACGACAUCAUGGUCGAAUAUGACGAUAAAAUCGAUGAGUGUAAUAUGAUGAUUUGCAACACAUCUUUGGCUAUGCAAACGAUUUGGAAUCACAUUGCGAGACAGGAUUCAAAAACUAACACCAAAAUUUCAAAGGCAAAUGCUGCCAUUGCAGUGCAAACAAAGGUCGAAAGCGCCCAGAUGAGGACGAUUGCGCUCUUGACCAUGAUAUACCUCCCCCUAUCCAGUGUUGCGGCCAUUUUCUCCAUGGACAUGUUCAACUGGGAGGCAAUGGACGGCCAGUCCAUCGUAUCAAAGCACAUCUGGUUAUUUGCAGUCCUCACUGUCGGCCUCACACUGCUCACCAUUGCUGCUUGGUUCUUGGGCACGCGGAAAGAGAAAGCCAUGGCGAAGAAGUCAGAUAUUUACUUCAAUUCGCCACAGCGGCAUGAAACAUUCGAUUAUGUGUAG